UAGACCUUAUGAUCCAAACAAGAAGUAGCUGUUGAAGACAAAAAUGGUCUGCCUGCAGAAUUUGCAACAGAAGGCUAAGAAGCUCUUGAUCGAACCUUUCUACUUCCUCACAAUCAAUCUCUUAACCCUCUUGCUUCCCCUCUCAUUUCUCCUGUUAGCCAGGCUCUCUUGUGCCCAUUGUCUCUUAGCCUCUUAUGCUACGCAACCACUCUCUUCUUUUCCCUUCUCUUUUUUUCUGUACACAAACCCAGCUAUUCUCUAUGUCCUUGUUUCAGCUAUUAGCAUAGCCACUCUUAUUCAUGGCUUGACAGGUAAACUUACAAUUCUAAGCGAGUCACCCGGGGCAGUUUAUCAAUCUCGUUUGUACACAGCCUGGAUUCUCCUUUGUACGUUACAAAUUUCUGUUGGACUGGGGAUUGAAGGCAGCAUAGGGGUUGGAGUUGAUGGGUCUAGUUUUGGUAUUGAGAGAAGUUUGCUCAGUAGAGUAAUAUUUUUCUUGGGUUUGCAUGAAACUAUGCUUCUUUGGUUUAAAACGGUCGUGAAGCCAGUGGUUGAUGACACAAUUUUUGGGGUUUCAAAAGAGGAGAGGUGGGUGGAGAGAGUGGGGAUGGCUUUGACUCUAGGUAGCUUGUGGUGGUGGAAAUUGAGAGAUGAGGUUGAGUCUCUGGUGGUUGUGCCUGAGGCUAAGAAAGAGUUGUUAAUAAGUGUUGGGGUGGCUGACUUUGUUGGUUGGUGGUUGUAUUACCUGACCGUCACUAUUGGGAUGGUUAGGCUUGUUAAGGGUCUACUUUGGCUUGGAAUGGUUUUGUUCUGUAAGAGGGUGAGAAAAAAUUCUAUAACUCACCCUUGCGAUGUUGAAGACAAGGUCUGAACACAACUUAACCCUUCUGUUAGUUUUGUAAUUUUUUUUUUUUUCAAUUAUUGUUCUGGUCAACAAUUAUAUUGUAUUCUUUCCUACAAGUUGUAAACUUAUACCAAACUUAUAUUAUU